GGUAUACACAAUCCAAAAUUCAACCUGAUGAUCUUAUCGUAGCGGUGUAAAAAAGCCGUUGCGAAGCGAUAUUCGUAUAAGACAAGACAAUCCCGGUAAACGUUAAUUCUUUCUACUACUGCAAGUUCUAGAACCUUGUUGGGUCCGUUCCCGUGUCUACUAACCAAUCAGAGUUCAUCUAAUUCCAAUCAUGAUCAUCAAACUUCCAUCUCAUUUCCUAAAGCAGACUAGAAUGACGUAGGUAACAAGAGGUAAUAGAGCCAUAGGGCAGGCUCGAGGGACCGAAAACGAAAGGCUCGUAGGGCUUGUAGGCUCGGUGACUUCCCUAAGUCAGCCUCCCUUUCCUUUCUGACCCGCAACCUUAAAUAAAGCCUUCUCCCCUCUUUUGAAGCUUUCUCCUCUUCGCUCAAAUCAGUCUAGGACGAAUCUAUCGAAUCAGUUUUACAGUGAAUACAGAUAUCAACAUCUUCAUACGCAAUCAUGGCCUCCGCAGAAGUAUGCCCCAUCGUCGGAACAACAAACCACACUCUCCCUCCAUCCCACCCUAAGAUCGACCUCUCGCUUCCUGGCCAGACAUGUCCAGUCGUCGGUGCCAAAUCAGAGCACCACACCAAGCUCCACCAGCAUCCCCCGGUGCCCGAGUCCGAGGCUACUUCCCCUGUCACCAAGUCCGUUAAUUCGCCUGACGCCCAGGCCUGCCCUGUGUUGAGGAACGUCGUCAAUGAGGCUAAGAGCCAGGAGAUGGACGACCGCGUGUGUCCUGUAGUCGGACCCGUCACCACCGUCCUCCCACCACACCACCCCAGCACAGCUAACUGUGCCGACGGCGAUGUCUGCCCCAUCACAAAGGCCAAGGUAGGACACCACAAGGACAAGGUCGUCGUCCACCCCGCCGUCGAAGGGGCCUCAGGUGUCUGCCCCGUGACUGCCAAGCAUGCGUAAAUAUAGCCAAUUGGUUCAUAUAUGGCUCGUUUAUAUGGUCUAUUUGAUGUUCAAUUAGUAUGGGAUAUGGUUUAGGGAUCUCACAAAAUGUACUUGGUUAGGUGUUAUAUGAGUAUGGAUGAUUCCUGUAUGGACAAUGAAUGAAUACACGAGUGAGUGAUUAAGUCACACGAGCAAACUGCAUUGUUGCUGAUGUUAUGUCUGUUUAUAAUGAAUUUGUGAUGCAAUCUCGGUAUAUACUCAAUAGCAAACUAGCCCCGGCCCGUUGAUAAUAUACACGGCCUAUAAGGGUAGAAGCCUUCCAGAAACACAAAUUUCGUGUUUCUCGACGUACCUAUAUAUACCAAUA